CGGUGACGCUUUUGCCGGGCGUUUACGCGCAACGUCGUAAAAGUCUUGUUCCGGUGCCUUCGGCCGCUACGGUGCGUUCUUCCGUGUUGGUUUUCAGCCGCUUUGCCCAGCAGGUGGUGUCCCGGAGUAACGCGCGCGUCGUCCCGGCAGUCGUGUGCGUGCGCGCGCGUGUCCGCUUACGCGUUCGUGUACCGGCGCGUGAAUUUUCGUCGCGCUCCUGCGCGUCCGUGCUUGCGAAUGUUGCGGGCGCGCGCGCGCGCGCGCGCUUUGAACACCACCCGUGUUCGACGACAGGUGGUGAUGAUGAUAGUGGUGUCUGUGAUUGGUGAUUACGGUGGUGUUCGAAACGCGUUCGUGUCUCGGCGCCGUUGCCCAGGCGAUUCGUCCGCGCACCCUCAGGUCCAAACCAAUAAUCAUUUUUGCACAAUACUUUCAGGAUUACCGUGAAAUCGGCUCCGGGCUUCUUUUAUCACCACACUUCAAUAUGGAUCAAGAAAGUGGUAACCGAAGGAGAAGUUCCAGAUUAGCUGCAAAAGGUGUUACAACGCCAAAAACUGAAAAUGUUGUAAAGAGAUUAAUAAAAAGUACUGAAAAACCUAAAAGAUCAAAACGCAAAACAACUGAAGAAGCAAUUGAACUGCCCGAAUCUAAAAAAACUAAAACUGAAAAUACUGAAUCUUCCACAAAGGUACCUAAUGCCAUUAACAUUGAAGAAAAAAAGGUACUUGUCGUUAGCUUGGUUAAAAGUGACGCUGUUAUCAAGUCUCCUAAGAUUGAAGACAAUGAAAAAACCAAUGUCAUGCCUCAAUCCAAUGUUGAACAAAAUGAUAAACCAGUUGUCGAAGAAAAGACUGAAGUACCCCUCCAAGAUUCUAAAGAACAAGAGGUCAUUGAAAAUAUUCCUGUUGAUAAAGAUUAUAAAGAAGAGGUUAAUUCACCCCUAAAAGUUGAUGAAAAACAACCUGAAGAUUUAGAAGAACCUAUGAUUAUCGAUGACCUUGUAGAGUCGGAAGAACCUAUUAAAAUUGAAGAACCUACUAAAAUUGAAGAACCUACUAAAAUCGAAGAACCUACUAAAAUCGAAGAAUCCAUUAAAAUCGAAGAACCUUUUAAAAUUGAACAAUCUAUUAAAAUCGAAGAACCUGAAAAGUCAGAAGAACCUAUAAAAAUUAAAGAACCUGAAGAGUUAGAAGAACCCAUUCAAAUCAAAGAACCUGAAAUUCCUGAACAGCAAAAUAAUGCAUCUAUAAAAGAACCAAAAAAAGAAUCAUUCGCAUCUGAAAAUAUGAAUGGUAAAAGUGAUGAAAACGAAACAGUAGAGCCGGUGAAUGAAAUUGUAAACAACGAUAUUGAACAAAGUGUAACAGUUAAUGAUAUUUUAACAUCUAAUGGGGAAAAAUCAGUCAUAGAGUCGGAGGUCAUAGAACCCAUAAAAGUUUUCUGUGAUGACAAGAACCCUGUUGAAUCUGAGGUGAUUACAGUUAAGACUGUAACUGCUCCUACUGCUGACGUAAUUACCACCAACAAUGAUGCAUUGAUUGUUGAACAAGUCGAUAAGGAGUCAGAAAAACCAGAUGAUAGUGUGAUCGAUUCUACGUCAACUGAUGAAAAUGUACCAAGUGUGGAACAAUCAAAAGUUGUAACCUAAUUUUUUGCCAUUAUUCGUUUUGUAAUGAAGAACAUAUAGACUUGCAUUGA